AUGACGGAGUUCAAAACGUGUAACAUGAUUGAUGCCUUUCCGAGUAGUUCCUUUGUGGAUUCCACAGCGCUGAGUAAACUUUCGCUGAAAUCGGGCAAAGAAGACGAUUCAGAAGAUGAUGGUGACGACAAUGACAUGGAUAUUGGUUCAAAUUCGUCAUGUGUAAAGUGGUACCAAAAGGAGAUUUGGCAACUCACCAAACUUCCCUAUUAUGAAGAUCUCGAAAGACAAGCGAAUAAGACUAUCGCUAGCAUAAAGGCUGGGUUGUCGCACGCGAUACUUCUGAAUGAUCCAGUCACUGGUCUUAUGCACUGGGUACCAGAACUGGAGCGGUAUUUAGUGCUUCUUUUAGGUGACGACAAUGACAUGGAUAUUGGUUCAAAUUCGUCAUGUGUAAAGUGGUACCAAAAGGAGAUUUGGCAACUCACCAAACUUCCCUAUUAUGAAGAUCUCGAAAGACAAGCGAAUAAGACUAUCGCUAGCAUAAAGGCUGGGUUGUCGCACGCGAUACUUCUGAAUGAUCCAGUCACUGGUCUUAUGCACUGGGUACCAGAACUGGAGCGGUACAUCGAUUAUCAUGGUCGUCGUUUGAGUAAAGAUGAUCAUAUUCUAUUCGUUCGACUACUGAAUUGCUCGAUCAAAAAAGGCAAUACGUUCAGGGAUGUGAAAAUUGCAAUGCAUUGUCUCAAUAAGUUACUCGGGAAGCGCGACUUCUUGCUUCGUGGUGAUCUGGAAAUCGAUUGGAGACCGCUAUUCGAUUUAUACGUAGAAGUUUCCUACAAGAAUUUGGAGGAUGGUAUAUUCCUCAUGCCAGAUGGGUUCCGGUCGGAGCUGCAAGCUUAUAUAUCACAUGCACGACGGUAUUUCACAGAUAAUGCAACACAGCAGCUGCUUGAUGAG